AUGGCCGCUGUAGAAUCGGCAACGCCACCAAUGAGCUCGCCUACCACAGCUGAUUCGAAGGUCGCAACUACUUCUUUGCGGCCACUGAGUACCAGGCAAGAGCGGCGCCUGAUGGCUUAUCUGGACGAGCGCUUACUGAACCUCAUGCGAAAUUAUAAGAAGCGCGCAGAGGACUCAACGAGCAUCCCUACCCUCCAAGCGUAUCUUCGCGAGUCUCGCCAAAUAUUGUCUCUAAUCCUCCAAAUUCCACCCGUUCAACCUUCUGCUUCCCUCCGCACUGCCUACCUCUUGCACCUCACCAACGACGCGCUCUCUGCCGUCCCAGGAUACCCUGCUACUCUCGAAUCUCUACCCGACCUUCUCACUUGGCUCGACGAACUCGACCGCGCGUGGCAGGUCGUGCUUGCUGGUCAAAUAUGGCAACCACAGGAGCGCAUUGGUGUCGACCCGCCAGAGGGUAGCGCUGUGCAGACGCGCAACCUCAUCACGCAGACUGACCGCACGCGGCUGAAGAGCAUGCUCAUCAGCGGCUCAGCGGUUAUCGAGGAUUGGGUGGGCGAAAUUGUGGCGCAGGACGAUGUCGAUGCGGAGGACAUCGAAAGCAUGCUGCAAAGACUGGGCAUAGCGGAAGGAUCCGUUAGGAUAUUUCCUGGUACACUGGACGAGCUCGAGAGGAUGAGUGGGCUUGGUUGA